AUGCGCUUCCUCUGGGUCUGCCUGGCUUCUACAGCUCUAUCGACGACCACGAGCGUCCUUGCCAAGCCUGCCAAACGCCAUUAUGACACGCAUAGAUAUUAUGCAUUGGAACAUAAAUUCGACGAGAGACUGGGUGCAUCCCUUGAAGAAGUAGCAAGCGCGUUGGGGGUGGAGGUUGUCGAGCAAGCUGGAGAACUGAAGGAUGUGUGGCUUGUGCGGGUUCCCAAAACCGAAAACAACACCUUCGAUCGAAAAGCCCUCGAUUUUCGAGAAGACGAAGACGAAGAUGUGCUUGACCCUGUAAUUUCUGCCUUCCAAGACCUAAAGCAGCGGGCCAGUUCACCAUUAACUUCACGGUCAGAGGAUGUGCUGCACGCCAAAAGAGUGGUAUCGUCUGUCAACUACCUGGAGCUACAGACCCCGAAAGAACUUGUCAAGCGCGCUCCGCCGCCAAUACGACCUCCGACACGACCUACUGCACAAGGAGCGGCGGAACAUUUUGGCUUGCACGAUCCACUUUUCACAGCGCAAUGGCAUCUAGUCAACGAUGAUUACCCAGAGCAUAUGAUGAAUGUGACUCCCGUAUGGGACAUGGGUCUAACGGGAAAGGGCGUUUUGACGUCUUUUCUGGAUGAUGGGCUAGAUUUUGAGAGUGAUGAUCUCAGAGAUGCUUUCGACGCGGAACACUCGUAUGACUUCAAUGCCCAUGUAGACCUACCUCGACCGACAGGUGCCCGUGACCACCAUGGAACAAGGUGUGCUGGGCAAGUGGCGGCAAGGAGAAACAAUGCUUGUGGUGUUGGAAUCGCCUACGAUGCCAAAGCAGCAGGGGUGCGCAUUCUGGGCGGCAAGAUCUCAACGGUGGACGAGGCUGCUGCGCUCAACUAUGGAUACAAAGAUGUCUCGCUCUACAGCUGCAGUUGGGGUCCACGAGAUAACGGACAAACUAUGGACGGGCCAAACUAUCUCAUCAGAAAGGCAGUGGUUAAUGGUAUCAAUAACGGACGGUACGGCAAAGGCUCGAUUUAUGUGUUUGCUAGCGGCAAUGGUGGGCGACACCAAGAUCAGUGUAACUUCGACGGAUACACCAACAGCAUUUAUUCGGUAACUGUGUCGUCGAUUGACUGGAAAGGCCUGCACCCGGAUUACUCGGAAGCUUGUGCCGCAAACAUGAUUGUUGCGUAUAGCUCGGGAAGCAAAAAUCACAUUGUCACCACAGAUAGGGACAAUGAGUGCGCCAUGACCCAUGGCGGUACAUCGGCUGCUGCGCCGAAUGCAGUUGGAGUAUUUGCUUUGGCUUUACAAGCUCGACCUGACCUUACGUGGCGGGACAUCCAACAUCUCUGCGUCGAAACUGCACGCAAGGUUAACCCAAACGACCCCGACUGGGAAAAGACAGCCAGUGGUCGACUCUAUAGCUACAAGUACGGGUACGGCGCAAUCGACGCGUACGCUUAUGUUACAGCUGCAAAAUCCUGGCAACUUGUCAAACCCCAGGCAUGGCUAUUUACGGACACCGUCAUCGUCAACAACGGGCGGAUGCACAGCUUGCCGCAUAGGAAUUACAGAUACGAAGGUGGCGAGCCGAUAGGUCCAGAUGGUGUUGAACAGAAGAUGAUGAUUACGAAGGAGAUGAUGUUGAAGAACAAUUUAGAGAGUCUUGAGCAUGUUGAUGUGAGGGUGUGGAUCAGCCAUACGCGUCGAGGAGAUGUGGAGGUCGAGAUCGAGAGUCCAAAUGGCAUCAGGAGUAUUUUGGCUAGCACGCGCGAGGAGGAUGAGGAUGACACUGGAUUCCCUGGAUGGAGGUUCAUGUCAGUCAAACACUGGGGUGAAAAUCCAGUUGGAGAGUGGACACUACGCGUCUUUGAUCAAAACGACCCUGAGCAACAUGGCAAGUUCCUCGGGUGGAACAUGGUUCUCUGGGGAAGCGCCAUUGACCCCACAAAGGCGACCAAGCUGGUAGAACCCGUUAUCGACAACGCCCUCCCACCAGAGGACACGCCACCACGGCCAGAGCCAAACGAUCCUGACCUCAUCUCGUCCACCCAACACGCGAAACCAACAGAUCUUCUUCCAGAAGACCAUGGCCAUGCAACGGGAGAAAACACCAAAGCCGCUUUCCCUUCGCCAUCGAACAAACCCAAGCCUCCGAGCAAGCCCCAGCAAGACGACAACACGGCAGGAGACGACGAACCCAGCAAAGCGUGGUAUGAUCAUAUGUCCAGCCUCAUGUCUGCGCAGAAGUGGUUCUUCGCUGCUCUGGGCGCCGUUGUCGUUUUUGGCCUCGCAGCCCUCGCCUACUUCUAUAAACGCCGUGCGGACCGCCUCAGGCUAGCAGAAUACCGCUCCCUCGCGGCGGACGACAUUAGCAUGGACGCGAUCGAUGGACAAAGUAGGAGCCGUGUCAUCGCAGGCAGCGGUGGGCCACGUACCACGCGCGCCCUAUACGAUUCGUUCGGCGAGCCUUCAUCGUCUGAUAACCUCGUGGAUAGGGAGAGAAGGGACGACACCAAUGUGAACCCGCCCUCUGCGCGCGGAUUGGGUUUCCACUCUGGCUUCUUGGACGAUGAUGAACCAUCUGCGGGACUAACGCCCAAGUACCGCGACGAGCCAGAGAGCCGGCAACCUUCUGCUCGUAGACCGUCAUUUGGGGUCGAGGACGACCAGCGCAGACCGAGCGGGGAGAUGUUGACACCGCGUGAGGAGGACGACAAUGAUCACGACGGAUAUGUACGACCUUGA